CUUUGCAUUUUAAGCCAUGUACAUGCUUACAAACAUUAUUACAAGUAAACAUCAUUAAAGAGAAUGUAAGUGUCGUUCAGAACAAAGUAGGUCUAAAUGGCAUAAAGUCUAAUAAAACUCAAAACCCAUUGGUCUGUUCCACUGCACCUGUUCCUCAUUUCAGCCAAUCACAGCGCGACCUCACGCACCUCCAAGAUGGCGACGUCCAUCCAGAACUGCUGUAGGCACAUUCUGUGUUGACAAAAUACGCGUGAUAACUAAGCAAAACAAAGCAAGACACAUGCGGCGAUUCACAUCAAAAGAUCGUUUUCGCUGUUAAAUAUCAGCACAUGUCGUUUGACGGCGUGGUUGUCAAUUUCAUGGCUGUUUGAGAGUGAAAUUGGGCGUCCUCUCGCCAUGGCCACCGACAACAGGAUUCAUUUCUGGAGGAAAAACCCGAAGGUUCCCGGAAGCUUACAGCCAGUAUAUGGAGCACAGCACCCUCCUCUGGACCCGCGGAGACACCGUCCAUUAAAAGACACUCCGAAGGCCAGCAGUGUGGUCAAAUCCAAAAAGCCUUCAACCUUUCAUGAAUUUGCCCGGAGCACCAAUGAUGCAUGGGACAUUGAUGAUGAAGAGGAUGACGGUAUAUUUAGUCUCAAACAGUCCUCGUCUUCACCUGUCCAAUCACGAUCCACUCCUCAGACGCCUUGCCUCAAACUCUUCAAAGUUCCGGAUGACACUGAGUUAGGCACCCGCUCACUAGACAGGCAGGAACCAAUCAGCACUAACCCAGAUCAAGAGCGACUGGAUGUCGAAAGUGGCCCAGCCAAUGGCAGAGUGGUGAAGUCUUGUAGUGACGCCCAGCUGAAUGUUAAUACAGCUCGAAAUCCACUGCAAAAACAGCAGUCGCUUCCGGUACGCCCCGUCAUUCCCUUAGUUGCCCGCAUUUCAGACCAAAACGCCUCAGGAGCUCCGCCCAUGACAGUGAGAGAGAAGACACGAUUGGAUAAAUUCAAGCAGCUACUCUCCAGCUCCAACACAGACCUGGAGGAGCUACGGAAGCAUAGCUGGUCAGGAAUCCCUCGUGAAGUUCGACCAGUCACCUGGAGGCUUUUGUCAGGCUAUCUUCCAGCCAAUCGGGAGCGAAGGGAUCUGGUUCUCCAGAGGAAGCGGGAGGAGUAUUUCGGCUUCAUUGAGCAGUAUUACCACUCCAGAACAGAUGAAAACCACAGAGACACAUACAGACAGAUUCACAUCGAUAUCCCAAGGACGAACCCUUUAAUUCCUUUGUUCCAGCAGCCUUUGGUACAGGAGGUGUUUGAGCGGAUUCUGUUCAUCUGGGCCAUCCGUCACCCCGCUAGCGGAUACGUGCAGGGCAUUAAUGACCUGGUCACUCCCUUUUUUGUGGUCUUCCUCUCUGAAUUCGUAGAGGAAGACGUGGAGAAUUUUGAAAUGGCAAGUUUACCGCUGGAUACGCAACGAAACAUUGAGGCUGACAGCUUCUGGUGCAUGAGCAAACUGCUGGACGGAAUACAGGACAACUACACGUUUGCCCAGCCUGGCAUUCAGAUCAAAGUGAAGGCGCUGGAAGAGCUCGUCAGCAGAAUAGAUGAGGACGUUCACGUGCACUUUCAGAAGUGUGAGGUGGAAUAUCUGCAGUUUGCUUUCCGCUGGAUGAAUAAUCUGCUGAUGAGGGAGCUGCCGCUGCGCUGUACCAUCCGCCUGUGGGACACCUACCAGGCCGAGUCUGAGGGAUUCUCCCAUUUUCACCUCUAUGUCUGUGCUGCUUUCCUCAUCAAAUGGCGCAAAGAGAUUCUCUCCAUGCUGGACUUUCAGAAUCUGCUAAUGCUCCUGCAGAACCUUCCUACAAUACACUGGGGCAACGAAGAGGUGGGUUUGCUUCUAGCAGAGGCCUACAGACUCAAAUACAUGUUUGCCGACGCUCCAAGCCACUACAAGAGAUGAGAAACUCCCUAAACCAGACCACAGCUUGACCCAGACCAUGAUCUGACUUAACAACGGGAACAUCUAUGUUUAAUCUGACGGUGGAAAUCGAGCUAACCAAUUGUCUCCAAUGACAUCAAAUUUUGGUCAUCAUCUCUUAUAAUUCACGAACAAAAUGGAUAUAUUGGGUGGAAAACAAAUAUCUUGAGCAAAAUGUGAGCAGAUCAAACUC